AUGAGCCUCAGCAGCAGCAGCGGCAGCAGGAGACUAGGGGCGGGGAACUUUGCCGGGGAGACGGAGGUGCGGAGGAAGUGGUGCCCGCUCCUGGAGCUUCUCUCCGCGGACAGUGAUGCGGCCGACGGAGCACCGGUGUCGUUGAUGAUUGUUGCUCACGUCACAUACCGCGCGUCAUUGCUGGUGCGUGCACUGCGUCGCUGGCGAAAUCGCACGGACGCUGUCGUGGAGCGGCGGCGUUGUCAGGCUUGCCUCGCGGUGCAGUGGUACGCGAGACGCCGUGUGUUUCUAUUCUUCCGGGCCUGGCAGUGGCGCUAUGGAGAACGUUGGCAAAGCCGGGUCAACAAUGCAUCCGCACAGAAGCACUGCGUGGCCGCAGCGCUGCGGCGGGCACUGACGGCCUGGAAGGUGUGUUUACGCACGAAGCGGGAGUUGGAGGCACAGGUGAAUACUAUGAGUGAAGGUGUUGUGAAGGCGCUUCUUCUGCGGUGCUGGCUUGCUUGGCACCACCGCGCCCUGCAGUGUAUUGCAUACAAAAAGGUGUCGAGUGGGGCGGCGAGAUGGCGCCGGCAGUCGUGUUGGAUGGCCUGGAGGCAUGUGACGUGGGAACGAAGAGCUCGCCGCUUACACAUGGCUGGGCUCCUGCUGCACCUGCCCGCAGCCUGGACAGAGAUACACCAGCUGCCGAACAUGAAGAGCGGCUCUGAUUGCCCGAUGCCUUGUGCCCACGAUUGCCUCCUUUAUGAGAGUGUGGCGUCGGAUUCGCUUGCGAUGCGUUUCUACUGGAUUCGGUGGCUUGGCGAGAGCGCGCGGCGGCGCGGCAUUCGGCUGCGCAGGUAUGAAGCUGCAGUUGCGCACAUAGAACAUCAUAGAGACGGGCGUGCCAUGGCUUGCGGGUAUCAGCGGUGGCUCAUGCGUACAGUAAGCACGCUCCACAGUCGACGAACCACCCUUGUCGCCCGUUGUAGGUACUUCUACAAGUGGCUCCUUUUCGCUGAGCGUCAGGCGUUGUGUGAGCGGCGGUGGAGGGACGUGGCCCGGCGUUGUAAAUCCAGCGUCAUGCAGUACUGGAGGGAGCGCACACUUCGGAGGCAGCGGUGCAAUCAACACAUUGCCCAGGCGGGUGAAUUCUGCGAGGACGCCUUGCGAAACCGCCUGCUUCCCCUAUCUUUUUACAGGUGGAUGCAACGCGUGCGGUCGCGACGCGAGUACAGGGCGUUGGAGCAGGCUGCAUACCACCACCGCACAGAACUUGUGCGAAAGCUUACCGUGAAUAACCUGCUGAGCAGCGUUCUCCUGACGUUUUGGCAGCCGUCACGGGAAGAAAGUUUGUCCACUGCGGAGUCGCAGCCACCAAGAGCAAAGUGCACGGUCACGAUGACGCGUACGGCUGCCGACGCUUACACAACUCCAACUUCCCCUGCUGCUUGUUGUGUGGAUCCCGAAGUACGCACGGUCAGUGAAGCAUUCGUCGAGAAUGACCCUGUGGAGGCUCUUCGACGGCGUCUCGUUUCCCGCUCCGCCGCCAUUCCUCUCGUAGGACGCAUGACCCACGUAGACGCUUUCACACCGCCGAUUCGUGCUGCUGCUGCUUCUGCUGGAAGUGGCCCUGCCGCUUGUGUGAAGGCUCACGUGACGUCUCCUUCGACAGCUUCAGGCACCCUAGCUGAGGAUGCCUCCCCGUCGCCGCAUCUCGCGGAUCACACUCCUACUGUCUCGUUGAACACGUCAGUGACAACAGUCCGUGUUGCCGCCCAAAUUAGCGUUGCGGAGGGUAAGAAUCUUCUUUUGGCGUAUCGUGCAAUGUUGGCUAGUGCCUCGGCGGAGCGUGAGGAGGCUGGUAUACUUCGUAAGAAGCUCCGGCUGUAUUCUGCCCAGAGGCAAAACCGCGCGGGGUCUGUGACACGCAUUCAGCAGGAGGAGGCGCAGCUACAGCAUCGUCUUCUUGUGCUUCGUCAACGGGAUUUGGAUCGCCAAGCAACGCGGGCGCAGGUGCUGCAGCUGGCAAAGCAGCUGGAGGUGGUGCUAAGGCCCUCUGACCCUUGCACCGGCCUUGCGGUGGAAGGAGGAGAAUAG